AUGCAUCCGGAAACAACGUGCAGAAAGAAUCAUUCGAGUGAAAAUAUCGAAAUGAUGGGAAAAUACCGGCUGUGGAUGCUGAAAGCUGAUGUUGGUGAAGCUGUUGCCGGUUCCCCAUGUUCCGAUGAACUCAUUCAUCAGGAGAAUCUUUUCCAGAUGCUGAAGAAAAAAUCACUGAAUCCGAAAUGGAUCACAAGCAAAGAUUGUUUAGAACGAAAAUUCGAAUGUGACGAUUUCUACGUGCUGCCUAUUUUCAGGGGCAAAGUGUUUAGCCGUUUGAUUUCUUUGAAGUGCAGGGUAUACGGAACAUUAGCACUCAUAACAUGUCUGAAAAAAAAAGAGCGUCUUCCAAAACGGCACUCUCCUGUUUGGUCUACAACUUUGCAGGAUUCCAUUGUGUGCUUUAGUGGAAUCGAGAUGAAAAUACGGAAACAUCAAAUUUCGCUUGUGAAGAUGAUGGGUGGAACGAUUUCUAAAGCUUUCACAAAAAAAGUCACCCAUCUAGUUGCUGAUUCUCAGGAUACAAAAUCUAAAAAAUUUGUUACUGCUGUAGAUUAUGCAGUUCCAGUGCUGUCGGUCAGCUGGAUAUUUACUGCAUGGAAAAGUGCGAAAGCAUUUAAUGAAAGGAAAUACACUGAUGAACAAUUUAUCGGAGAACACAAACUCCAAAUUUUCGCUAAAUGUGUCAUAAGCUGCUCAGGUUUGGCUCCUCAAGAUCGUUCAACUCUUUCACAUCUUAUUGGAAAAAAUGGUGGUGUCUAUACAGGAAAUAUGAAAAGAAAUCAUUGCACUCAUUUAGUGACUGACUUAAAUUCGGGUGAGAAAUAUAAGAUUGCUCGAAAAUGGGGUUGGAAUCAGAUCAAGAUUGUUCGUUUGCGAUGGAUUACAAAAAGUUUGGAGAAGGGAUAUCGUCUUCCUGAAAGGCUCUAUGAAACCAGGAUCAAUUCCGCAAUUGAAUGUAGUACUCCACGAACUUCACAAUUUACGCAGUUUCAACCAUUUACAAAUCUAGAAAUUAGUGUCAUUCGUUGCUCAGCUGAUCAGAAGGAAACAAUGGAUAUGCAUUUAGCGAAAAGUGAAAAUAGCGAGACGGAAUUAAGUAAACCAAUUGUCACCGAAAGUAAUUUGUUAAAAGUAAAGCCAUCACAACGAACGACGACGGAAGUCGAUCCUAUUGUUUUCUUCGACUUAGAUGCUCUUCGGUUUAAUGAUUUCAUGAGUAAUUGUAUCAUCUAUUUGUGUGGAAUAGAAGAUGAAAAUUUUAAAAAAUACAAACGCCUUACCAAUAAAGUUGGAUCAGGUCGGCGUGACAGACUUCUGUAUAAUGAUACAACUCAUGUAGUGGUUGGUCCACAAAGACUGGACUGGAAGCUGAUUAAAGAGCUCAAGGAAAAAGCACGUAGUAAUGUUAAAGUAGUUACGUCUGAAUGGUUGUUGGAUUGUGCCAAAGCGCAAAUGGUUUUGGAUGAAUCAAACUAUUUGAUUUUCAAACAAGAAAAGAGCAAUUUUGAACUCUUGCAACGUAGAUUCGGCGUUACGACUGUGAAAGAAGUUGGUUGUAGCGAGGAACCGAGAAUGAAAACCAUAUUGAAAAUUACUGAAAUAGGAACUAAACUGCUAGAUGAAGCAGCUAGUAUGUUAAGGAAUACCGAGCUGGAUUCUGCAGAGGAAAAUAUUGAGGGAAAAUCAGUAAACAAUGAUGAUGAAGAUGACAAUGAUGAUCAUCAAUUGUUCACUGGGUUGUCAUUUCGCAUCGUUGUUAAAAACGAAAAAGUUCGAGAAAAACUAUUUUUUGAUAUCGAAAAUCACGGGGGUAAGGUAGAACAAAAAACAGAAAUUUGGGUUGAUUAUGUAGUAUGUGAAGUGUUCAAUUUUCUUCUCAAUGACAGUGCAACAAAUUUCAAUUGUGAUAGUAUUGUUUCGUCGUUUUGGCUGCAAGAAUGUGUUGAAAAUGGUGUAAUAAUGAAUGCUGAAAAACAUCCACUUUAUCGACCCAUCGAAAUGUUCGAAACUUCUCAGAUUUUCGAUGGACACGUUGUUGGUUUGAGUAGGUUAUCUGAAUCUGAGAAGGAUAUUUUCACUGAUAUUCUAUACAAGUUCGGGGCGGACGUGAGAAAUCACUCGGGACAAAUCCAACAGUUAAAUGUGUGUACAGAAAUAAUAACAGGUGCUGAAACCGAUUGCACUAACUCUGCACGUCGUUGGCAAAUACCUGUUCUGGAUCCAUCUUGGAUUAUUGAAUCUAUAGUACAGAAUCAACUGCAACCAGUGCAGAUACAUUUAUUCCACGACCAACCUUACAAGAAUUAUAUGCGGAAGGAUCGAUUAUGGAUGCAUACUAAGCAACAAAAACCAAGCAACGAUAGAUUAUGUGUGCUAGAUAGAAUGAGCAAUAAUGAGCUGCUUUUCAUUCGGGAAACUUUAAACAAAAACGAAAAGGCGACAAAUCCACAAUAUUGUGGGGUGAAUGUAUUUCAGUCCAAUUCAGUCCAGAAUGCGGAAAUUACGGGAAAAUCUGAAGAUCGAUUGUUAAAAAUAUUAAAUCAGAAUACGUUUGAUGAAGCAAAUCAGUAUGGCAAGAAAAAUUCACAGGGACAAACAAGUAACAAUUUGGCUGCGGUUUUAGAUCUUACCGAAGCAUUUAGUUAUGUUAAUGAAAUAAAUACGCAGAACACAUUGUGUACUUCACCAGAUAGAGAAACAUGGAAUGAUACAGCAGUGGACCGUGCGAUUGAUGAAGCACUGGUUAAAACCGCUCAUGCAAACAAUACCCCGUGGGCAUCAUCGAUUAGGCGAGCUAAUGAUUAUAAUCGCAUGCAGAUCAGGCUAAAUAAGAGAAAUGCUCAAUCAUUCUCACCGAUUGAACCUAUGGAAAGUCCUAAAAAGGCUAGAACAACAAUUUUUGAAAAUUGCCAACCAGUUAUUUCGAAAGACGAGAAAAAGAGAAGAAUAGCUGAAAAGUUGGCUAAACUGGCUGUACAAAGAGAGCAAUAUAUGCGAUUUAUAGAGGCCGAGAAAAAAAAACAGCUCGAGCAAGAGGAGAAAGCAAAAGUACAUAUGGAUUCAGUAAAACGAUGUACUAAAAAAAGAUGUGUUGAACUACCCGAGCCCGAAUACUACGGAUGGAGAGAAAGCAGCCCACGUCCCAUUGCUACACAGAUACUCAACCCUUUCGAUACUGAUCUAGAAGAGAACGAUGGAGAAGCACCUGUGCUGUCUAAAAGAGAAGAGCAGAAUCAAGGAAAUAAAACAGGCAUAGUGGAGCUAGGUGGAAACGCUGCUGUAAUUAAAACAAUUGUCAUAACCAAUAAAACAAUAUGUUUUACUUCAACUACACGAUAUGACAGAGAUGCCUUGGUGACCAUGGUUCUGGAAUUAGGUGGAGCAGUAUGCAAUGAAUUCGGUGAAAAGGUAACCCAUUUAGUUUGCGGUCGGAUAGUGCGCAAUGAAAAAUUGCUUUGUUCAAUUGCCAAGGGACUCUUAAUUGUCGACGAGGAUUAUGUUAUCGAUUCUCAUGCACAGUCAAAGUGGCUUGAGGCCGGUAAUUACGAAUGGGGAAGUGCCCACUCAGUGACCAAACACGGCCUCCUUUCAUCACAGCGUUUUCUUUCUUUUGCAUUGGCAUGCCCUCGAUGGCGACAGAAGAUCGAAAAGAAUUCGGCUGAAAGAGCCUUCCACAAUUGGAAAGCAUUACUUUACUGCGGUCGUCGUCGAUUUGCCGAUCUUAAGCGUAUCAUUCGUUUCGGUGGUGGAGAAGCGUAUUUAAGAGAUGAUAUCUGCUCACUGGAAGGAUUCACUGUUGCGCUUGUAGAAAAGUCAAGAUUUUGGAAUUCUCAGGAAGUGGUGGAGCUUAUCAAGAACAAUAUACAGUGUUUCGACAUAGACUUUCUCGCUACAUACUUAACACUAGAAAAAGAAUAUGAAGUUGAAAAACACUUCCACAAAGAUUAUGUGGUUGAAUUAAACCGCAUAUCACGAUGCAAGCAUUCACUGUGA